CUCGUCUUUGACUACAUUUACCUAAAGGACUGUCAUUGAGAAACAUGGCCGACUCCACGGGUGCUGCAAACGCUGCUGUCUCCGACUCGCAAGGUCCAACUUCGUCGAGCAUGGGCAGCCCACCGAUUCAGUACAGUAUGAUUCUGGACCAUCUUAUCGGGGACAAGAGGACCGUAAAGGAUCUUAAUCCCACCGUGAUGGGGGGACUGCCGGUGCCUCCUAAAAGUGAAGAGCAGAAGAUGAUCGAAAGGGGGAUGGAGAGCUGCGCCUUCAAGUCUGUCCUGGCCUGUGUGGGAGGUUUCGUCCUCGGAGGAGCUUUUGGUGUUUUCACAGCGGGCAUCGAUACCAAUGUUGGCUUCGAUCCCAAAGAUCCUCUGAGAACUCCAACAGCACGAGAAGUCCUGAAAGACAUGGGCCAGAGAGGGAUGUCGUACGCCAAGAACUUUGCCAUUGUGGGCGCCAUGUUCUCCUGCACAGAGUGCAUCAUAGAAUCACACAGAGGCAAAUCUGACUGGAAGAACGCAGUGUACAGCGGUUGUGUAACUGGAGGAGCCAUUGGAUUUCGUGCUGGUCUGAAGGCCGGGGUGCUGGGAUGUGGAGGCUUUGCUGCAUUCUCCGCUGCCAUUGAAUAUUAUCUGCGGUGAACCACUGAAGAGUUGCUCUAUGGACAAGAAUUUAAUCGUUGCACAUCUGGACGAGCCAGUGAAGACUCACUGUGUGAGAAAUCCAACCCUGAGAAUAUUUGUCUGCACAUGGAGGCCUGCUGUGAAAGUAUUUGGUGGAAGUGACAGGUUCCUGUUUGUGUACAGUGGUGUUAAGUGACGCUGAAAAAAAACCUGUCUGUGUUUUCCAGUGUCUCAUUACUUAUUAUCAUAUGGACAGUUUGACCAAACAAAGCAACUUCAUGUGGAGAAUCUCUAGAAACAGAGCAGGGUGGGUCUGCUUCUGUACCGAAGGUGUAAUGAGAUGAAAAUGUUGAACACGAGACACCUUCACUCUGAAUCAUGACUGCAUCAGAUCAGAGUCAUAUAUAACACUGUUCUUGUUGUACAACACUGGUAUGAUGAGUCAGUAACUAAUCCACAUUAGGAUUAUUUAUAAUAAAACUGUUUUAUUAA